AAAAAUCAGCACACAAUGGGCUGCAAUACCAGUCAGGAGCUGAAGACAAAGGAUGGCGCCGCUCUCGAUGCGGUCAGCAACGGCGAGCCCGAGCCCAGCGCACCACAAUUGGAACUCGAUGGUGGCGGUGGCGCUGCCUCUGCUAAGUCCUCGAACAAUCAUACAAAUCACACCAAAUCAAAUUCAAUUAUAUCCAAUGGUGAUGCCAAGGCAGCGGCGAAGGCAUUCAGCGCCGCCUCCACAAAUGGCGUCGCGGAGCGUGCAUGCGAUAAGGCGGAAAUCACCGAAUUCAACGAUGAUGGCGCAGAGGAAGCUAAAGCCGCUGUGAAAAUUCAAGCCGUAUUCCGAGGUCACAAGGUGAGAGAGACAAUGAAAAAGUCGGAAACUAAAACUACCACCAAUAAUGGCACCGCUGCUGCCCCAGCGACCAACGUGGAAGCAGCCUCAUCUUCGAUGGAGCCCACCAAAGCGGAGCUGGAGGCUGAGUUCGAUCCAAACGACAAAGAGCUUUGCCAUGCUGCGUUGAAAAUCCAAUCGACCUUCCGCGGCCACUUGGCUCGUAAGCUGGUCAACAAGGAUGAGCCAGAGGAUGAGGAUAUCGAGGAGAUAACCAAGAAGGUGGCCGAGGAGCUGGACAUUGAUUUAACCGAUCCGGAGCUCAACAAGGCCGCUACCAAGAUCCAAGCCUCGUUCCGUGGCCACAAGACCCGCAAGGAAGCCAAUCCCGAGUAAGCGGCGCUUUCGUUGCGGCUUUUUUCAAUUUGUUGUUGUCGGCCCGACGGCCAGAGCAAGCAUAACGCAAAAAUUUAACAAAAAUACAAAUAAUUAAAUAAAUAACACACAAAUGAACAAUUGGUAAUAUAUAUAUAUAAUUAUGUAUAACUGAGCCAGCACUCUUGUAAAACUCUUUAGUGAAUACUAUAUGUUAAAAUGAAGUAACAAGUAAAUAUGAUUAUUAUAAAUGAAUUAAUUUAUAAGCAAUAAUACGCCAGUUUCUCAGCUUGAGUUGUUAUAGUUUCCUUACGAACAGAGCUAUGUAAAAUUAAAUAAAUAACGCCCCAACCCGAGCCAAUUGUUAGCUGAGAUCUUAUACACUUAUUUAGCGAAUUAACUAAGUAGCACUUGCAUGUCGUCUAAGCGAAAUUUGCCAGCUACUAAAUAAUUUCAUUUAUCUCUACAUUUCAUUCUAUUAACUUAAACUUAAAAUUGCAAUUGCAAAACCCCAAAUUAAAUGAACAAUUAUUAAAGCAAACGCAUGUUACAAAACAAAGGCACGAUGUUCCAUGAUUAAUUGUAGGCAAUUAAAUUAUUGUAGACAAACGCCAGUGAAGAACUUAAAUUUGCUGAACUUUAAGCGGUUUGUCUGGCCAAAGCCAAAACUAAUUAAAAACCAAAUGCAGUGUAUUGUUGUACCUACAUAAAUUAACAUAAUAUAUACUAACUAAUUAACGCAACACAUAAAUCAAUUUUAAACAACUGAAACUCGUAUGUUACUCGUAAAAAUUGUAUAAAUGGCGCGUACACAACAAGCGUACGGACGGCUAUAUUAGGGGUACUCAACAAGCAACAAGCAACAAGCAGCUACAAAAAUCGUCAACAAGCUUAAGAAAAUACAAAGCGAAAAAAUUUAUUGAUAACAUAUAUAUAUAUUUCAGCGAGCUACUUAUAACUGAUACAUCAAGAACUCAAAACUAAUCUUGUGGCACAAUUUUUUGUUUUUCUACCAAGUGUACUACAAGUUUGUCUACUUGAAAUAUAUAUAUACACAUAUAUACAAUGCGAGUAUUAAUUAUAAAAAUAUAUAUAUUGAUAAAUUGCGAAAGAUUUAAUGCUGUGAAAAUUGUGCAGCCAGGCAAAAAAAUUGUUAAAGCAACAACUAAGCGAGAAAUGUUUAAAGAAAAUUCAAAUUAAUUACAACUAAUUAAAUUAAAACGUAAACGUAUUAGAGAUCAAACUAAAAUUCUACAAAAAUCGCAAACCAAACCAAAAAAUAUUUAUGCAUAAAUAAAAACAAAUCGAUAACAUAUACAGACAAGCAGAAAAUGUCCCAACUAAAUUUUAAUUGAGUAAUAAACAUAAAUAAAAACUUGAGAAA